AACAGGUGCGAUCGCGUGUAGCACAACAGACUCCCCAUUAUUCGUCCCGUGUCUGCAAGGCGCAAGCAAUGGGUGCGAUCGCGUCACCUAUCUCUAAGCUGAACGAGGCAGCUCCAACUCCAUUGUCCUCCGUACAAAAGCCUUGUCGCUCUCGUACGUGAUGCAGCGUCCGUCUACCCGACAUCUCCACACACCAACACCCAGAUAGUCAGACGCCAGCCAGCAUGGCGGAUCUCAAGACCGACAGCGACGUCAAGCCGGGAGAGUACAGCCAUGCGAAUGAGUACAGCCACGCGAAUGCCGAGCUUGAAGCCGCGCCGACCGCAGUGCUCGAGGAGGGCAGCCUGGACCCCGUCUAUGAAGCAAAAGCACGCGUCUUGAACAAGGCGAUUCAGGACAUUGGAAUGGGCCGCUACCAAUGGCAAUUGUUCAUAGUCAUUGGUUUUGGCUGGGCCCAGGACAACCUCUGGCCCAUUGUUACGUCGCUUAUCUUCACUCCGGUCAAAAACGAGUUCCACCCGACCCGGGCUCCGUUUUUGACCCUCUCCCAGAACAUUGGACUUCUGGUCGGCGCCGUCUUCUGGGGUUUCGGAUGCGACAUCUUUGGUCGACGAUGGGCUUUCAACCUCACCAUUGGUAUCACGGCCCUCUUUGGCAUGAUUGCCGCCGGAUCUCCCAACUUUGCGGCAAUUGGAGUCUUUGCAGCGCUUUGGUCGGUUGGGGUGGGAGGAAAUCUGCCCGUUGAUUCUGCCAUUUUCCUUGAAUUCCUUCCCGGGAGCCAUCAAUAUCUCCUGACGAUUCUCUCCAUCGACUGGGCCUUUGCGCAAGUGGUCGCUACACUCAUUGCCUGGCCGCUCCUGGGAAAUCUGACCUGUCAGGAAACCCAGGCUGUUUGCACCAAGUCUGAGAAUAUGGGUUGGAGGUAUUUCAUGAUCUGUAUGGGUGGUAUCGCUCUCAUCAUGUUCCUCCUCCGUUUCGUCGCCUUCACCGUCUUCGAAUCCCCAAAGUUCCUCAUGGGCAAAGGAAAGGACGCAGAAGCCGUACGAGUCGUGCACGAGGUCGCUCGAAGGAACGGCAAAACGUCGUCGCUUACGUUGGAAGACCUGGAAGUCUUCAACCCAGAAGGCGGACCUCGAGGCACUGAGGCAGCCGCUGCGAUCAAACGGAACCUUGAGAAGUUCAACUUCACCCACGUCAAAGCUCUCUUUGCAACUAAGAAGCUCGCCCUGUCAACAUCACUUAUCACCACCGUCUGGGCGUUCAUUGGCCUCGGUUUCCCCCUCUACAAUGCAUUCCUGCCAUACAUCCAGGCCACUCGCGGCGCAGAACUCGGUGACGGGUCAACUUAUAUUACGUACAGGAACUCGCUCAUCAUCGCCGUACUUGGUGUUCCCGGCUGUAUCCUCGGUGGCUGGCUAGUUGAGCUGCCAAAUUUCGGAAGGAAAGGCGCUUUGGCGCUCUCCACGGUUUUGACCGGCGUCUUCUUGUUCGCUUCGACAACAGCCCUGAGUUCGAAUGCUCUGCUCGGAUGGAACUGUGCCUACAGCUUCGUCAGCAACAUCAUGUACGCGGUUCUCUACGCAUACACUCCGGAGAUCUUCCCUACCAAAGACCGAGGAACUGGCAAUGCCAUCACGGCAUCCGCGAAUCGCAUUUUCGGCAUCAUGGCGCCCAUCAUAGCAAUGUUUGCAAACCUGGAGACAUCUGCGCCUGUCUAUGUUAGCGGCGCUCUUUUCAUUGCCGCAGGGUUGAUCGUUCUGGCGAUGCCGUUCGAGUCGAGAGGAAAGGCGAGCUUGUGAGGAGGUUUGGCGAGGAACUUAUACCCCUGGAUGAUGGCGUACCAUCUGGCUGCGAUUUGAUGCUUCUCUGAUUUGGAACUAUGGCUAUGGUCUUUUUCUGCAGGGAAAGGAAGAACGGCUUCGGCAUGUCUAUCAACGUGCUUAGAUACUACCUAG